GGCGAUUUACUGUUGACAUGUGGUUGACGUUUGUUGUGUUAAUUAUUUUCGUAUAAUGUUCGUAUGUGAAAUGUGAAAUUAUUAAUAGGUAUUUCAAAAAAGUUUGUAUGUAUUAUUAAGUUUUUAGUUUAUAUAAGCUUGGGUACAGAUAAAAUAAACACUUGUAUAAAAGAUGUCUGAUGAAGAGUACGAAAAAUUUGAAAUUACCGAUUAUGAUAUUGAAAAUGAAUUUAAUCCAAAUAGAAGACGACGUGUUUUAAGUAAACACCAGAAAAUUUACGGUAUUUGGGCAGAUGAUAGUGAUCAAGAAGAAAAUGAUAGACCAUCGUUUAAAUCUAAUAAAACACCAAAAAAUUAUAGUGCCCCGAUUGGGUUUGUUGCUGGAGGAAUUCAGCAAGCAGGUAAGAAAAAAGAGAAAGAGCAAGAUAUAAAAAAAGAAGAAAGUGAUGAAAGCAACGAUGAAGGUUCAGGAGUCCCACUCAGAAAUAGUUCUAGUGAAUCUGAAGAAAAUGAGAUUUCAUAUAAAGGGUUUGGAAUGAGAAACAGCAUUCAAUCAGUUGUUACUGAAAUAACAGGAGAUAUAGCUGGAUUAAGGAAGAAGAACAUACAUAAAAAUACGGAGUUAAUAAGAACUGGGGUUGGACACUGGGAAAAACAUACAAAAGGAAUAGGAGCCAAGUUACUGCUUCAGAUGGGAUAUCAACCUGGAAAAGGUUUGGGUAAAGAUCUUCAAGGUAUUUCAGCACCUGUUGAAGCACAUUUAAGGAAAGGAAGAGGUGCCAUUGGUGCAUAUGGUCCAGAAAAGGCUGCUAGCAUACCAACACCAAAAAUUGACAGCAGUAAUAGAAGUGAAAAGAAAACUGAAGAAAGGCAAGGUGAAUCAAAAUGGAGAAAAGAUGAUAUGACAAAGAAGAAAUCGAGGUAUUAUUAUAGAACCGUUGAUGAUGUUAUUGAGAAAGGUAAAAAGCCAGGAACAUUUACCAAUUCCAAUACUUUAAGUGAACUCAGCAAAGUAAAAGUGAUUGACAUGACAGGUCCACAGCAAAGAGUACUCAGUGGCUAUCAUGCUCUUAGUGGUCUAAAAGCUCCUCCUGGAGUUGAACACUAUGAAGAUGUUGUUCACAAGAAAUGUUCUAACUUUAGUCUACCUGAAAUUCAACACAAUUUGGACAUAUUAGUAGAUAUAUGUGAACAGGACAUUAUUAAAAUUGACAAAAUGACAAGGUAUAAUCAAGAUGAAAUAAUUGCAUUAAAACAGGAGGAAGCAUCUUUGAAAACCACCUUGGAGCAUGAAGACAAGCAACUAAAAGAUCUGAAACGUGUCCUAGAUCAAGUUGAUAAGCUUAUUGACCCAUCUUUAGGAUUGUCAUUAGGACAGUUUGCUCAAGCUUUUCGAGACUUACAGGCAAAUCACUUCGAGGAGUACUGCAGUUUUAAUUUGGGUGAGUUAGCCCCAGGUCUUGUGGGUCCUCUGAUUACGUCGGCAUUAGCUAGUUGGCAGCCUUUGAACUCUCCAAAGAUGUUCAUGGACAUAUUCACACAAUGGAAAGGCAUUUUGGAGAUGCCAAAACGCCAGCGUGGGACACUUGAAGGUAAUAGUAAGGGUCUUCAGCCAUAUGAUAAUCUCUUGUGGCACACUUGGCUGCCAGUUAUGAGAACAUGUGUUAGUGAGUGGAAUCCUAGAGAUUGUGACCCAAUGAUUAGUCUUCUGGAGGACUGGUCUUCUCUUCUUCCUCACUGGUUGAUGCAGAAUAUUCUUGAACAGCUAAUCCUACCCAGAUUAAGUACAGAAGUAAAUAGUUGGAACCCAUUAACUGAUACAGUUCCCAUACAUUUUUGGAUACACCCUUGGAUUCCUCUACUUGAUACCCGUUUACAUAAUACAAUAUAUCCGGUGAUCCAAGAGAAGUUGGGGACUGCCUUGACCAGCUGGCACCCUUCAGACCGAUCAGCGAAACUCAUGCUUAAACCUUGGAAGGACGCGUUACCUGAAGGUUUAUUUAUUGCGUUCCUUAUCAAACAUAUCGUUCCUAAACUGCAGCUUUGCAUGCAGUCGUUCAUUAUCAAUCCGCACCAACAGCAUCUAGAUGCUUGGAAUUGGGUAAUGGACUGGGCAGAUAUGCUCUCUCUUGCCAACAUGACCCUAAUUUUGGACAAGUAUUUCUUUCCAAAGUGGUUACAAACUUUAUCACUUUGGUUAAAUCAUAAUCCUGAUUUUAAUCAAGUCACAGAGUGGUAUUCUGGUUGGAAACGGAUGUUAUCUGAAGAACUAUUAACGCAACCAACGAUUAAAGAAAGCUUCCAUAAAGCUUUGGAAAUGAUGAACAGGGCAGUAAGUACUGGGCAACAGCCAGGUGCUAAGGAAUCUGUGUCUUACCUUAGAAACAUUGAAGGUACACAACUUCCACCACCCCCUCCACCUCCUAGAAUUGAAAAUUUUGCAGAGGCUGUUAGAACAGCGUCGCAAAUUCCUCAAGGUUUUAGGGAUCUCAUGGCAAAACGUUGCGAAGAAAGAGGGAUUCUGUUUGUGCCAAUUCCAAACAAGUUUCAUGAAGCCAAGCAAGUGUACAGGGUGGGUUCUAGUGGUGUUCAGUGUUAUAUAGACAGAAGUGUUCUCUUUUACUCACAAAAUAACUCGUCCUGGUUACCAGUCUCCCUCAAUCGACUCUUAGAUAUGGCAUAAGUAGUUUUGAAAUGUAAAUAAAUUCUUUAAUUUUUAAGUUGUACAUACAUACUUAUUAUGAAUAAUGUUCCAAUAAAAUUA